AUGGCAGAUCCCAAAUACCGCUUAACAAUGGAAGAGAAGAUGCAUCUUGAUGGAAAUUCAAACAGUCCUGACGGCCAUAUAAUACACAGUAGAAAACGGGUGCAAAGAAAUGGAUGUAGCACUUCAGUACUUGUGUUUGUGGUAGUUCUGCUUUCCCUGGCCUGUAUCAGCCUAGUCAUAUUUUUGGCAAUAGAAAAAUUGCAAAGGAACGAUGAAAUUCGAAGCUCGUUUUGUAGAACCGUCCUGGGCACAUCUAACUCGAGUGGGAAUGUGACGCCACCAUGCACAAGUGUCCAAUGCAUACUCGCCUCUGCCAAUAUUCUGCGGACAGUCGACCAGAAUGUAGAUCCGUGCGAAGACUUUUUCCUUCACGCAUGUGGCGGCUGGAUCAAGAGCAACCCUAUUCCACCUAAUGAACCACUCUGGAAUCAAGUGCUUGCUCUCAAGAAAAGAAAUGACCAACUUUUGAAGAGGCUUCUCGAUGACAAAACAGUCAGAAAGAGAUAUAUCGGGAAUGAUGCUGUUCAGAAGGCCUUCCUAUAUUACGAUUCCUGCACUGACCAGGACGCCAUUGAACAUGCGAAAGGGUCACCUCUUCUUGAAUUAAUUGCGAGGUAUGGAUCAUGGAAUAUCACCAACAAAACUUGGACUUCCAACUCCUGGAAUUUUGCCGAGACUUUGGUUCGUAUUCACAAAGAGCUCAAACUCUCGCCACUGUUUACACUUCAAGUAAAACCAGAUCUGGUGGAAUCCUCGCGCUACGUCAUAAUGAUAGAUCAAACGACUCAUACCAUUACAAGAGAUGCAUACCUCGCUAAUACUUCUUACCAUCACCAAGUAAGAAAGGCCUACCAGCAGCUUAUGUCUGAGUUGAUCAACCUGAUCGGUGGAGAGACUAAGUGGGCCGAGCACCAGCUUAAAGAAGUGUUUGAAUUUGAACAGGACCUUUCUAAGCUAUCCGCAACUGCUAACGAGAGAGCUGACAGAAGUAAGGUAUACAAGUUAAUGACUUUGAAAGAACUUCAAAACAAAACAGGAGAACCGAUUGACUGGUUGUUUUACAUAAAAGCAAUGUUUCAAGACACCAGCUACGAAAUAGAGCAAGACGAAGAGCUCGCCAUUUUUGCUUUGGAUUACUUGACAAACAUGUCAAGUUUGAUAACCAACACACCAGAAAGGGUCCUUGCAAAUUACAUGAUGUGGCAGGUAGUUGUUCAGCUGGCUCCCCAUCUUAGUGAAGAAUACCGUAGGGCUUUCUACAACUAUCACAGGGUGGUUAUGGGAAGCUCGGGCGAGACAGACAUCUGGAAAAAAUGUAUUACGGAAAUGAGUCGCCUUGACAAUGACAUUGGAGAUCCUCUGGGAGUAAUCUUCCUGGAUGAGAAGUUUGAUAAAAAAGAUAAAGAGUCGGUAAUGGCCAUGAUCGAUGAUUUGAGGGAAACGUUCAUCGCUAACCUCGACAAACUUGACUGGAUGGACAACAAAACAAGGGCUUAUGCCAGAGAAAAGGCUUCUGCAAUCAGACACAACAUUGGGUACCCAGAAUACAUGAAAGAUAAACGAAAGCUAUCAGAGAGAUUCAAGGACCUAACAAUGGAUAAUUCCUCUUACUUCAACAAUGUGAUUAGCAUCCGAGCUUUUUCUAUGAAGACAAUGUUAAAGGAUCUUCGUAAUGCUGUAGACAAAGAAAGGUGGAUGAUUCACCCACAUACGGUCAAUGCCUUCUACGACAGAGUGACCAACAAAAUCAUUUUUCCAGCCGGAAUACUUCAAAUUCCAUUUUACAACAGAAAAUUUCCUCGAGCAAUAAGCUACGGUGGAAUAGGAAUUGUAGUUGCUCAUGAAAUAACGCAUGGAUUUGAUAGCAAUGGUCGGAAAUACAACAAGAACGGUGAUCUUGUUAACUGGUGGUCUGAGUCAUCUAACGAAGCUUUUGAAAAAAAAUCUCAGUGUUUUAUAAGGCAAUAUUCAAACUUUGAAGCUUAUGCGAAAAAGCUGAAUGGUAUCCAAACCCUUGGAGAAAAUAUUGCAGACAACGGAGCUAUCAAGCAAGCGUUUAUGGCUUAUAAAAAAUGGAUUGAGAAAAAUGGCGAGGAACCUCAACUUCCUGCACUGAAUUACACAAAUGAACAGCUUUUCUUCGUAAGUGCUGCGCAGGUGGAUUGUGGAUCUAUUCUUCGCCCAGUUGCUUUGAAAAAAAUUGAGCAGGCAACACACACUCUGGAUCACUGGAGGGUUGUUGGAGAAAUGUCAAACUCCAAGGACUUCGCUGCAGCAUUUAAUUGCCCAGCUCAAUCUCGAAUGAAUCCUGUUAAAAAAUGCUCCAUAUGGUGAAUCACAAUACUAAUUAUAGCCAUUACAACUUCCCCAAAUGUGAUUGUUGCAUCAGCUGCUUUAUGUUUCGCUAAUCACUCUGUACAGUUGUAAUCGGACAGUUGGCUGUAAUCGGAAACCUGUAAUCGGACAGUUGAAGCAGCCAAUCAUGCAAAGUCCACUUAGA